GAGGGCCGAAAGCCGGAAGACGGAGACGCGGCGUUCGGGAUGGUGUGACUUGGGCCAAACGGUGAAAUAUCACGGUAGAUGUUGCAAUUCAGAUGGGGCCGAAUCAGUUAGCUGAAUGGUUUAGCUGAAUUAGUUAGCUUCGGAUUCGUUGGAGGUAUCCAUAUUCGAUUCAUCAUACUGGCUGGUCCAGAUGAGGCUUAUUGAACAUUGCUGAGUGAUCAGAUCCAUCUGAUAAUCUUCUGCUGUUUCUUCACCUCUCAUUUAAGUUGCCUCUUCCAUCCACAAGUACCUACAACAUCUACUUCCGUGCAAACUCUCUCUCCUCUUAAUUACCCCUUUCACCAUCUGUUAGAGCACUCAAUUGCCGUCCUACUCCCCUGAUUCUCCCAUUUCCAUCCAUUGUGGAAUCAAUCCUCUAUCCAACCCCUAGGAAUCCCUUCAACACCUAAUCCUUCUCCAACUACGCUUUUCGCCAUGGCAUCCUCCGGAAAAGCCUUCGUCCAGAAGCCCGCCCCUCACUUCGCGGGCACCGCCGUGGUGGACGGAACUUUUGAAGAGAUCAGCCUGACCACCUACACGUCCACGAAGCAAUGGCUCGUCCUGGCGUUUGUCCCGAUGGCCUGGACUUUUGUUUGCCCGACCGAGAUCAUCGCAUACAGCGACAACAUGCCCCAAUUCCAAGCCCGAAACACAUCCGUGGUCUUCGCUAGCACCGAUAGCGAAUAUAGUCUCCUGGCCUGGAACAACGCCACCAAAAAGGACGGUGGUCUUGGAAACGUCAACCUUCCGUUGCUGAGUGACAAGAACCACAAGCUGUCAAGGGACUACGGUGUGCUCCUCGAAGAGGAGGGCAUUGCGCUGCGAGGCCUCUUCCUCAUCGACCCCAAUGGAGUCAUUCGACAGAUCACGAUCAACGAUCUCCCCGUUGGCCGCUCUGUCGACGAGACCCUCCGACUCAUCGACGCUUUCCAAUUCGCCGAGAAAUAUGGAGAGGUCUGUCCCGCAAACUGGAACCCGGGUUCCGAGGGCAUCAAGGCCGAUUCCAAGGGCAACCAGGCCUAUCUGGACAAGGUGUAUGGUGAUGUGCAAAUGACGACCGGCGCGAGCAACGGUGUCGCAUCGAAGACCACCAAGUCGGCCCACGCCAAUGGAAGUUCGGUGGUUUAAAGCACGCUCGAAUUUCAACUCCAGGAGAAGUUGGGGACUGCUUCAAAACGCGCUCAAGAUUUCGGUGCAAGGUGUGGUAGAUAAUAGAUCGCAUGAUCCAUGAGAAACUCGGUCUGAGGAUUACGGUUGGCUAGUCCUUGCAUCCUAUGGAGUCAGAGAGCACCAUCAGUACCUGAUGUCGCAGGAUAUGGAUAUCCCAGGCGUUGGGGACUGAAGGCGGAUGCCUCGACUUCAAGAGCAAGAAGGACUGCUGUCAGGGCAAGCUUCAGUCAAGGCGUCACGUGACUCGAUCGUCGGAAUAUUUCUCUAGUUUCGUUCUUCGUCUGUAGAAAACUGUACCAAUGGAAUAAUAAUAUUGUCUCUUUUUAGCA